AUGCUUAAAGAGGAGAUGGAGUUCCAGCCCCUGGAACAGAUCAAUGAGAAUGAAGAAGUAAACCAUGCCACUCCACUUCUGAGUAACUUAGGCCGACUCCUAGGAAUUCCAUCAAUGAACUUGCAGAACAUUUCCAGAUCCACUCCUCGAAUUAAUCUAAUGAGGAAGAGGAAUAGUGCUUUAUCGCAGGCUGCUAUGUACAGCUUCCUGAGCUCAGAAUCAACACCUAAUGGUUUCCAUAAGCCAGGAUGUCUCCCUCCAAAUAGACCCUUCGCAAGAAUCCACCGAGCCUCCUCAUCCUCUCAUUCACCUUUAGGGUCCACCCAAGGUUGUGUUGCCUUGGAUAGUGAGGCAAGGGAUUUCGACAGCUUCAUCUCCUCUUCAUUUUAUGACAGACCUGGCUACUAUAGUGCACCUCAAACACCCAUCCAAUCUAUUCCCAUGACAUUUCCUCUCAAAAGGAUCCCUUUAAAGAAAUCCUCCAUGUUGGCUAACAUCUCAGUCUCCUCAGGUGGAAACCAAGGCAGUAAUGGCAAUGUGUCAGCCUCCAAACCUGAUGAGCUGGACAAGGGAAACACUAUUCAUGCCAAUAAAGUUGCCUGCCUGAAUGAAACAUCUGCAAAGGUCCUAGCAGUGGAAAGUGGUCACAUUGCAUCUGAAGACGAAGCUGCUACAAGUACCAGAAACAGUAAAGAGACUCUUAUACCAACAUCCAGCAGCAUGAAUCCUAACAGCAGUAAUAACCUACUACUGGUUCCUGAAAGUCCAUCCUGUUUGUUGACAGACAGCUCUUCAGACACAGAUAAGCCAAUCGAAUUGAAACAAAAGCUCAAUACAAGCACUGGUUUCCGAGCCCGCAAGCAUCCUAGACUGACUCUUGAACCCCUUGGACGUGCCAACAGUCCAGACCUUUCAAAUCCUUCACUCAACACACCAGGCUGUGGCCCAACCAUAUCCACCUUUUCCUUCACACCAGUGUCUUCCCCAAUGCUGGGGAGGUCAAAGAUACUAAGUCACAGUGGAACAAUCUCUGGCAGUGAUUAUAAGGCAGGAAGCACACCUUCCCUGGGGUUUUCUGAAAUGGGCACAUCCUCCAAGUACCUCAAUAUAACCACUCAAUCCAUGACCACUGCUGAUUGCACAAGUGAUACCAAUAUGAAGACACAUCUGAAAUACGACACCAUGCCUCCAAAUGAUUCAAGAUUCUCACUCAAUGAUGGAGACCUAGUCAAUCUGAUGGAUAUCAUAAUUGAAACUGCAGAAAACAUUCCUGAGAAUGGGAAAAUGGAUAAGCACGCAGAAGCAAAUGACUGA